AUGCCAAAAAUAAGGAGUUCGUUUUCUAACAAAAUUCGCGAAUGGAUUUCCACAGCAAACACAGACACCAAGGUUUUCACUACUGACGGGAAAAUAGUAUUUUGUAACCCUUGUGGAAAAUCUAUUGUUUGUGAGAGAAAGUCUCAGGUAGAUCAACACAUAAAAACAGUGAUAGUGAUAAAAAAACUUGAAACUCAAAAUAUGACUUUACAAUAUGAAAGCAUUUCAAUAAUUAACAAAACGAAAGAAAAAAUUAAUUCUAUUCCUGGAUCGAAAGGUGCAACACUUGCAACAAAACUAAACGAGCUUUACAACAAAAAUGAAGGUCUGAAGAUUCUACGAAAAAUUAAUUCAGUGUUAUUAGGCGAAAACGUUCAGCUCGAAGAUCUUUAUGAAGACCCGACAAUACUAAGUUGCUUCAAAUAUGCCCCAAUAACUUCGGUUGACGUCGAACGUUUGUUCUCAGUCUUUAAAAAUAUGUUAACCGAUAAACGAUACAGCUUCACAGAAGAAAAACUUGAAAUGCACAUGAUUAUUCAUUUUAUUAGGUUUGUAGCCAAUUAA